UUUGGUUUUUCGUGUAAGGGAUGUUAAAUGAAAUUUUGAUCUCGCUUCCGCAUUCGAUAUAUUUAAAUACUCAUUUCAUUUUAAUAUUUUCCGGGGCCGUUACAAUAGUUACAGUAGUUAGUAUUACCAAAGUAAAGCUGUGUUACGUUGGUUUAUACCAGAGUGAUAGAUGAUGUUAAUUGAUACAGUGCUUCAAUUAGGUCUACAAUGUGAUUUUUUAUUUGGUAAUUCUGCUUUUCAGUCAUUCAUCUCUUCUUUCUUUUCCACAUGCAUGGAUGUUUGCACUGAUUUGAGAAUGAUUUAUUUUCUGUUCUAUAAACUUGUAAGCCUAAAUGAUCCAAAUUAGUACUUUCCAAGUUGUAAACAAUCAUGAAGGCAUAUGAUCCAGGAUCUUUUCUUCUGAACAAAAACAUGUGAUAAGGAGCUUUAACUUUUCUGAACUACUAUUAUGAUAGUUCUAGGUGUACAAUUCAUGCAAAUUCUCUAAUCUGAAAUUUCAGUGAGAAGGAAAGGCAGCAGUGUGGGGUCUCUGAAGCUUGUGGAUGCUUGUGGGUUUAUUUGGCUGAUUUGCGUUCUUCAGAAGGAAAUUCGCAUGUGCACUAUAACCUAUUUUAUGAUCCUCUAAAACAUGAUGGUCCAUUGUUACCUCCUGCAGCAGCUUUGGCCCCAACUUUGUGGCCUCAAUUUCAUCUUCGUUGGGCUUGCCCCUCUGAAGCAAAAGCUGGUGAGGUUGAGGCACAGUGUAGAAACAUGAUAAUAAAAUUUUCUGAACUGCAGAAGGGAAAAGAGGCAGCAGAAAGAAAAGCCAAGGACAUCUCAGUUGCCAUGGAAUCAUUAAGUGCAGAGUUACGAAAUGAAAAGCAGCUUAGUAGCUCAGCCAUGGAGUUGGCAAAGAGAGCCGCCAAGGAAAGUGCUGCCAUCAAACGAGCCGUGCAAUCGUUGGGUUGCAAGGUCCAGUUUGCAAGCGGCAGCGAUCGUAUCGUUGAUAUUGAAAGAAGUCCAACAGAAACUCAGCAGAAACUUUUAUAUUCUCCUUCCCGUAAAGAAUCUGAUGGUACUUCGAUGCAUGAUGAGAAAUCAGACCUGUCCGUGUCUAUUACAGUCAUGGCAGAUGAUAAUGUCUCGGGCAAUCCACUCGGACGAGUGUGUGAAGCUUUAUGUCCAUUACGAACACGAGAUGGAGGAUGCCGAUGGCCAGAUGCUGGUUGUGCUCAGCUCGGUAGCCAGUUUGUUGGAUUAAAAGCAAACUUUGAUGCAUUUGAUAAGCUAUCCAUUUAUGAUAGUUACUUCAAGUCUGAAUGAAAGAAUUGUUAAAUGAGCUCUGGGUAACAUAGUACAAAGCUUGGAGCGCAUCCUACAGGUAGCAAGGUAAAUGUAGUUCAUCAUCGGCUAAAAAGCCGAGAUUUUUCUUCUGGUUCAUAAAUGAAAUCACCCGGGCAAUACAUAUACACAGACCCACAGUAUUUUGGACGAUGGGUCUUGGGAUCGUCUGUACAGCAAAAUAUAGAGGUAGCUGUGACCAUUUGUAGGUUCUCUUUGUUGAGGAAUAAAAUAGAAGGGUUUAGGCAAUUCGUUCAAUUAAGAAGUUUUGCAUAUGGUCCUGAGUAUAGUUUCUCACCCACCCUGCCAUUCUUUCCUUCAGAGAUUUAGCUUGCUGUUCCUGUUCCUAUAUGAGAGCCAUGUAUACAGAACAAAUAUUUGUAAUUAGCCAUUGAUUGAUUUUGUAUCCCUAAUAAAUUUUGGGUAUUCUAGUUC